UAAUGAAGGUCAUCAUCAUCAUAUCACUAUUGUUAACUUUCAGUAUGGCAGCUCAUUUCGAUAAAAAAACAAUUCAUAAGCAUAUUGAAGACUUACACAAAUCUAAAUGGGGAAAAACUUUGUUAUCUAUGAUGGCAUUGCAUUCAUAAUCAUAAGGACCAGUUGAUGAAUUAGUCUAGGCUAUUGAAGACUUAGUUGCUGAUUUACAAGAAGAAUUAGAUGUUUUAGAAUUUAAUUUUGGAUAAAGAACCAACGAACAUCAUAAAAUUGUGACUACAUUAGAAUAAGAAAUUAAUUAGGCUGUUCUUGAUUAUUAAAGAACUUAAGAUACUCUUGAAAACUUACUCUAUCCAAGAAGAGAAAAUCUUAAAAAUAAAAUUGAACAAAUUUAAGAGUAUUAAGAGGCUAAUAGGUAUAAAUAUUAAAUUACAUUUAUUUAGAAAGACAUUGGCUGAAGCUUAAUUAAAGAGAGAAAAUGAAAAAGAAGAAUUUGAAGCUCAACUUGCAGAUUUUAAUUCAGCUAUUGAAUCAACAGAUUAAGCAUUAGAAUUGCUUUACAGUUUAAGAAACUAAUCUCUUGGAUAAGUUACAUCAUCAAAUAUUAGAAAAAUUCAUGUUCAAUUAAAUAUGAUUGAAUAAAGAAUAAGAGCUCAUAGCAAACAUGGACCAUUAAUAAAAGCUUUAAUUUAAUUAGCAAAUGAAUAAAAUUUCUCAAAUUAAGAUAUUGUUGGAACUAUCUUAGAUAAAUUGAAUGAAUUUAGAAAUGCUGUUGUAGAUGCAAUUAAUGAUGCCACAGCAUUAGAAGCUGAAAAUUAAUAAGAAUUUGAGGAAAGAGUAGAAUAAUUAGAUCAUGAAUUUUCUGAAUUUGGUAAAUAAAUUAGUAAAAUCACAGUUGAUUUAGAAGCUACAAUAAGUAUAUUAUAUAUCUUAUUAUAAUUAGCUAAAAUUAAUGAAUUAACUGAAUACUCUGCUUAAAGAGAUGCAGAUAGAUAAAGAUUCUAAUCCCAAUUAAAUAUUGAAAAUGAUAGCUACGCUGAAGAAACUAAAAUAUAUUAAGAUAUGAAAAAUGAAUAUAUUAGAGAAUAAGAAGUUGCUGAAUCAGCUGAAAAAGUUGUUAAAAGUGCUGAUUUUUCAAAUAUUAAGAUAUGAU